GAACCUUGGUUAGAACCAGCGAUCAGUGUCAAACUGGCGGUCAACGCGUACGGUUAUACGAGUUAUACGAAUUAUAUUAAUUUAACACUGUAUAUAUGAGUUAUAUACUCCUCUCCUCUCCUAACCUCAAUCAACAUUUAUUAUUUUGUGAUUUAGAAUUUUGACGUGAGUGAUAUUAAAGAGACAUCUACCUUAUCAGUGAUUUUUUUUUUCUUUCCUCUGCUUUUCAGGGGAUUUUAUUAACAGGUCGAUGCCAGUUUUUCGUCGCUUGACAAGAAAGAAAACAGGAAGAAAUGAAAUUGAAAAUGUUUGCCGCAAAAGCGAAUGAAUUUUUGUUGUCGACUCGCGAGUGUCUCAAACGAUGAAGAAGAAGUUGAACACUGAAAAUAAAAGUAGUAAAAAAAAUUAGUCUUCUUUUUAUUUUGAUGUUGGUCGAGAAUGAAAAUUGAGAAGGAACUCGUUGUGAACGGAUUGUUCGUUCGUUAUUGUCCGUCGAUUGGUGGCACGCUGGAAGAAAUUAAAACGCGAAUAAUUUAAGCUUCGAUUGAUACAAAGAAGGAAUCGUUUAAAAAAAAAACAAAAGAAGAAAGAAAGAUAGAAGAAAAGAAAUGGCGAAUAGAAUGAAGUCACUUUACAACCAGGUAAUAUUCGAAAGGCGAAUUCUGCUCGGUUGUACAGCCCUCGUGGGACUAUCCGCGUGCAUAUGGGCCGUAGCAAUAGGAACCGAUCAUUGGUUUACCGUUGAAGCACCGAAUGAUCAAGGUUUGCCGCUGGGAGAUUUUGGAGCUACUGGUCGGAGAUUGAUCUACAAGCAUAUGGGUCUCUGGAGGGGUUGCGUCACUGGUUUAAUACCUAAAACGAAGAAUUCCAGUGAAUUGGUGCCUUACCGAGAAUGCAAAUAUCAGGAAAUGUUUCCACCUGAAUCAAGGAUAGAAAUGGAUCCAGGUUUAGACAAGACAGUUAUCAAAACUCAACUUGAUUAUGCAAGGACUCAGGUAUCGUUCGCUGUUAUUAGUAUGUUUAUAAUGAUAAUGGGAUUCUGUUUCUCAAUCUACACGUUCCGCAACCCACGUUACAUGUUCAAGAGACUAGCUGGUGGAAUACACUUCAUUAGUGCUGCUUGCAACAUGGUGGUCAUCCAAGUCCUAUUGUCCUCAGUGGAAUAUGAAAGAACAAACGUUUAUGAAACGUUUCCAAAAGGUGCAUCAAUGAGAUAUGAUUUUUCUCUAAUACUGGCAUGGAUUGUCUUCCUUUGCAAUUUAAUCGCUGGAUGUGCCUUUAUGCUAUUCUCAAGAAAAAGAAAAAGAGACAAAGCACCAACCGAAGAAAUUGCUAUGGCCGAUGAACCAACGAUAAUCGGUCGUUAGUGUUCGUCCCUAACUAACAUGUCAAGUUAAAUGAAACACUCUGUAUACUCUCAAACACACAAAGAAAAAGAGGAGGGUAUAAACUACGCUUGCGCGUCUUCUUCUACGGUUUUACUAUAUUACAUUACGAGCAGAGCAAAGGCUUUCCAAAAAUAUCACCCCAUUAUAUUAUUUCUCGUCUUCUCCGGUUUUUCGUCUCUUAAAAAUAGUUGUCCGCCGAAAUAUGUUUAUGUC